AUGCUCGUUUCCAGCGGUGAUAAUCAACGCCUGGAGUUUCUGGGCGACUCGUUGCUCAAAUACGUGUCGACCGACUAUUUGUUCCGACAUUUCCCGCGUCACCACGAGGGCCACCUGUCGCUGUUGAAGAACUCUUUGGUAAACAAAUACACUCAGGCCGCGGUUUGUUCGGAACUCGGACUGGACCACUAUGUGAUACGACGCGAGGAUAAUAGUGUUGUCAAAUCAUCACCCAGCACUGGGGACAGCGACCGUGCCUGUCCGAGCAAGGCCGGCUCGACUGCCACAACUUUGUCCGCGCAGAAUCAAAAUGUGAAGUACAAAGCGGAUCUGCUUGAAGCCUUCGUCGGUGCUUUGUUUGUGGACAAGGAUCUAGUGUGGGUCGAACGGUUCUGUCAAGUGUGCUUUUGGCCCCGUCUGGUCGAAUUUAUUCUCAAACAGGAAUGGAACGACGCCAAGUCGAAAUUGCAACAGUGCUGUCUCACGUUUCGUUCGUUACACGAAGAACCGGAAAUCGCACACUACAAGGUGUUGGAUCACAGUGGCCCCACAAAUCAGCGUACCUAUCUGGUUGGUGUGUACUUUCGCGGUCAACGUCUAGCCACGGGUAAAGGUCGUUCGGUGCAACAAGCUCAAAUGGAGGCCGCCAAGCGCGCGUUGGAGUUGCAUCAAGACACUUUUCGACAGCUGGAUUUCCAACGGUCCGUUAUUUCCAGGCGCUACAGACAACCAUAUAUUGACAAAAUGCUAGAUCAUGUCCAAAACUGGGAUGAACGGUUGGUAGAUUAUUUCAUUCACGGGGACAAACCGGGUUCGAAAACCGACCGAACUGGAUCGAACGAAUCCCAUCCGGGAUCUGGAGUGGAUUUUGUCCAAUUUUUGAAACAAGAUCCCCGAAGAAUGGCUUCUGAUUCAUCAAAACGCAUCAACUCAGUGCGAUCCCAACCACAUGGUUCUCCCGCUCGUCCUACAUCCUCAUCGGUCAGGGGCAACCAGCGGUUCAUGAAAUCGCCGACCACGAGUGCCAAGCACCGAACCCCGGAUACAGAAUCAGAAGAUGAGCGAGAAAAACCGGUUCAUUGUGUUUCAGAAAACACGUCUGAAGAGGGGGAAGUCCAGGACGAGGAAGCGGACAGCGAUCCAGACGAGGAUGAUGUUGACGAUGAAACAACAGGGCAUAAGGAAGAGCAACAUCACCGAAUCUCGAGACCGAAUUCAGCGCGUUCAAAUCCCAGUCAACGUGGGUACCGCACGGCGAGCAAACACAGACAAUUGGAUGCGGGCACAAGUUCAUCGCGCAGAUCGCGAAGCGAACAGUCUGGUUCAAGCGUUAAACGAAGUCUUCCCAGUGGAACUUUGGCAGAUCUAUUCACAACUCAUGGCGCUCGAUGA